AUGGAGAUUGGAGGGUUAGGAGAGGAUGGAGGAGCUGAGCCUCAAGAUCAGGGGACGGAGAUGACGAAAGAGGCGGAGGAGCAUGAUGGGAAAGGGAGUCCGAGGAAGGACGGGAACGCACAGGCAGAGGGCGCCCCGCUCACAAAAGAGGAGUUACUUCAGAUCAUCGAGAGCCAAGAUCACGCGCUCGAGAUCUUGAAAAAGGAGGUUGAGGCGCUCAAGAGGAAUGGAGGCGACCCGAACACGCCUGGCGCGAAGAGAAAGGAGCGAGACGAAGAAGGGGAGGGGGCGUCCAGCCUAAUGAGGCGCACUGAAGAGAUGGGGCACCUGACCAGACACUUGGAAUCAGAUUAUGACGAAUACAACGGAUGGGCGCAGAGACGUGCAUGA